AUGGACCCUCGUGAGCCAAUAGUCAACGCAUACACAUCACAAGAGUACACAGCAUGUCUCUCAUUAAUUCAAGCAUCACCAUCAGAAAUAUCAUCACAAACAGAUAUGAGAAUCCUUCAAGCAUCAUGUCUCAUCAACAUUAAUGGUCGUUCAGGUGAAGCUCAUCAAAUUUUAGACAAGAUUCUCGAACUUGAUCCCCAAAAUGGAUUGGCUUUCUAUGGCAAAGGAUUGGCAUUCCUUAAAGAAUCAAAUUUGGAUAAAAGUUUUGAAAAUUUCACUAAAGCAUCGGAACUUGAUAAGACGGGAGUUAUAAGCAAGGCACAGAUCAUGAAGCUCAAGACUGAAGAAAUGCUAAAAUCAAAGAGAACAUCUAAUCGGCUGUCAGGCAAACAGAUUAAAGAUAAUGCAGCACCAAUAACAUGUGAAAUCUGCAAUCGAUCAUUCGCACAGCUUUUCAGUCUCAAUCGACAUAAAUUAAUUCACUCCGGUGAACGUCCACAUAAAUGCUCACUUUGCAACUUUGGUUUUGUCCAAAAAUCAGAUCUUCAACGUCACAUGUCUGUUCAUAAUGACAAUGCUGACUUCCCAUGUCUAUCUUGUGAGAAAAAGUUCAAAUCCAAGAAGAAUUUGUCGUUGCACUUGAUGACUCACAGCGUAGAGAAGCCAUUCAAGUGUGAAACAUGUGGAAAGGACUUCAAGUACCGUAGAUUAAUGAAGCUGCAUCAGAUCAUCCACAGCAAGAGGAAGAAGUACAAUUGUGAUUUCUGUGAGAAAAUUUUCGUAACUAAGCCAAGCUUAAAGGCUCAUGUGAUGAUGCAUAUUAACAGAAUGAAGAAGGAAGGUGUCAAGUUGAGUGGUGGAGGAGGUAUUGUUGAGAAAUUUGAGGUUAGCUCUGGUGAUUUGGGUGUGGAGAUGAUGAAUUUUAAGGUUGAGGAGCAAAAUCAUAUUGAAUGUGCAGACAUGACCUCAAAACUGCCAGUCAUAUCCAAAGUUACCUCAAUUCAACUUGAAACUGAACCAACAACCGCGAAACUUGAAGGAAAAUUAGCAAAAACCAAGAAAUACUUUAUGAAGAAGCAACAAAAGAUGGAACUUCCUGAAACUUCAAAGCAAGACCAACAAAGUGUGAAAAAGUCUAGAGGGCGACCACCUAAAGUUGUCAAGAAGUCAUUGACUGUUCAGAACUCAAAUUCAAACAAUUUGGAAACAAGCCAGCAAACCAUAUCAACAAUUUUGUCAACCUCACUUCAAAGUUCACCACAAACAGUCAGAAACUCAGUUAGAAUCCAAAACAGAAAAUCAUUAGGAGCCAAGCGUAGUUUGAUCAAAACUAACCCGAAUUCAUUAAGUAUCAGACGUGAAUCCAUUGGAUUUGACAGAAAUUCAGCAACUAUUCAACAGAAAUUAGCUAAAGUCAAGAAUAAUUUGAUUCGAGCUCAAACGGAUCAACAAAAUUUUUCUGUGACUUCAUUUGGAUCCAACUCUGUAUCACCAAAUCCAGAUCAAUUAUUCAGCACUUCAACAUCAAGUUUCUCUGAAUUGUUUCCUCAAAUCUCAAUUAUCAGCAAUAAUGCUCAAAAACCAGAAGCACCAAAUACUUCAGCCACAAGAUUCUCACUUGGCAACAUUGAACUACCUUCAUCCUUACAAAUUCGACCAAUCCUUGGUGUUCAAGGAUCAAAAUUAAGAAGCACAAGGAACUCAAUUUCCCGUAGGAACUCUACAACUGAAAAUGGAGUCCAAUUAAACCUCAUUCCACCAACAAAGUUCAUCAACCCAGUAACAUCUAGUCCACAAUCAUCAUCAGUCAUUCCAGCUGAUCCAAGAAUCUCAGCAAUAUUCUCAAAUCCUCACAUUUCUGUGGCUAUAACAAGCACUAGCUCAUCAACAACCAUUGCAAAGUCAGAAAUGAAUUCAAAUCCAGUAAUUACUGACUCUAAAUGGUCAAACUCAACAGCAUUCGAAGUGAAGCAUAUUCAAGAUGAACAAGUUCCGAUCAAAGACAUCAAACUGGAACCAGUCGAAGUUCCAAACAAUGAUCAACAAGCAGAAACCUCAUCAAAUCAUGACUCGUUGUUCAGCAGUGAAAAUGAGCAUCCAAGUGAAUGGAACCUGUUCUUUAAGUCACUAAUGCAUGACUUGACGAAGAUGGAUGAACGGCAAAGAAGGAAGUUUAAGCAAAAGACAUUCGUGCUGAUUGAUGACAUCUUGCAGUAA